GCUAUAUGAUUGAUGCGCAGACCGUUUUUUAAUUUUAUCUUUAGUUUGUUUGAAUCAAAACAUGCUUUAUGUAGGUACUUAGUUACUAGAUUUUGUGCAUUACAGAGGAUUUCGAAUGCACUACACUAAUGCCAUGAUUGCUAUUGUGAAAACUGCUCAAGAUUAGUUAUGACAGGUGCACGGAUCAUGACAUUUUUGUUUGCUGCAGAGUGGUGUCACUGCAUUUAAAUAUUGCACAUCCAGCCAUUUAUUCAUUUAUUUAUGUUUCUAGCAUUACUUGAUUGAUACCUGCACCAUUUUUAAAUUUUCAAUUUGGUUUGUUUGAAUAUUCCCCAAAACAUGCUUUAAGCAAGUAUUUGAAGUAGUUAGGCUUACAGAGGCCAUUAGCCCAAACUAUCUUCUUGUACUGUCAAUUUUCUCUUUCAGAGCAACAGUUUGAAGUUAAUCUAGUUAGUUAAUCUGACAAUAGCUGCUUAAAUAAUAACACAGGCAUUUAAAGGAAAAACUAUCACCAACCAACAAAAGAUUCCAGCGACAAACAAUUAGUCUUUCCACACCAGACGCGACGCAACGCGACUAUGAGAUGCAAUAAAGUCGAUCAAAAAUCACAGCCAAUCAGAAGAGCAUGUGGGCGGGCUCUCUCGACCAGCUCCCGCCGGUACUCGCAACGAAGUGGAUAUGUAAUCAAAUUCAUGAAUAUUACACCAUUUUAACAUUAUUGAAAAUACAUACUGAGUUACUGAAACAGUAAAAAAUCUGAAAAUCUGAGGUGAAUUGUCCUUUGUUGUUUUCCGUUCGGCUAUAAAAAGCACACAAAAUGAUAUUCAAACUCACAUUAGAUGCUUUUAACAUUAAAUAAAGCACAUAAACAUUACCUGAGAUUAUCAUUGCCAUACUUUGUGUUGUUGUUCCAGCCGCGACAUCGCAGAAAAAUAGAAACCGUUUCUAGAAUCGUCGCGUGUCACCGACGCGGCUAGUUAGGACAAAAAUGAUCGCGUGUCGCUGCAUCGCGUCUAGUUGGACACGGUGUAUCAUGCAUUUGAGCACUGAAGCUUGGUGCAACCACAGUAAUGCACAUUAAGUUUGCACAACAAGAUUGCAUGUUUGUAAUGCAUUGGCUAAACAUUUGCGUCUACAUUUGCAUAAAGUAUGUUUCUGGCCCAAGUCUCUGAGAUUCUUUCAACCUGGUGCUUUGCAAUGGUGUUUUCAGUGUAUUUUUCUGUGAUGCGACAAUGCUAUUGUACUUAAGUAUGCAUAAUGUAUGCUGAACUUCAAUUCUGCAGAGACUGUGAAAGCAUAAUCUUUGGCAGCCAUUUAUUCUUAAGUUUCGUUAACAUGUUUUGCCACAUAUUUUUUUAUAUUAUGUGCAGUUCUGACAACCGAAAAUCAAACCUGCACUGCUCAGGACUAUAUAUAUUGGGAUCUGUUGCUUACUAGGAAAAAAAUCAGCACAACACGUGGGCUAGAAAGGCUUUUCUAUCGUUUAGGGUCUGGGCAAAUAUGCUGAAAUCCUCUAAGGAGGCUGAUGAAAAAUGCACCCGCUUCGAGCCAUCACUAGUCUUAAGCUAAAAUUGAUGUUUUAUAAAUAAUUUCGACCCCGCAAACAUCAAAGGCCACAAUCACAGCGACUCAGUGAUAUUCAUUUGGCAUAAGUCAGUUUCAUUUUUCCGAGCUUUUCAUCAGAAAUGGCUUAAAAAGUAGCCUUGCUCUGAAUCUUUCAUGACCUGGGGCUUGCAGGGGACAGUGGCUGAUGUUCUUCACUUGUAGACGUCUGACAGCGCUCGGCAGCAUCAACAACAAAAUGGUCACAAACCCCCGUUGCACUUCCUGGGUCAUACGGCCUGAUAAAUAUUUCAAGGGACUAGCGACACACUGAGCGGCUGAUAACAGGUCAGUUGCAGGUGAUAAAAGUCGGUUUUAGUUGGGACAUUAGGCCUUUUCUUCAGUGUGCGAUAUUAUAUCUUCACUAUCGUUUAGCCCUGUAUUACACAUCAGUGAUUUAGCUUCACAUCGUCUGUACAGUGAUAGAUAUCAAAUUGCUGAUCCGAAACAGUUGUGAGCUGUAUAUAGGCUGCAACUCUUCACGUGAAGCACAUGAGAGACUUGAAUCGCAAUUUAGGCCCCAUUUACACUAGUGUGUUUUUGUUUUAAAAAGGCGUUUUAAAAUGAAAACGAUCCUCGUGUACACUGGCGUUUCCACAGCAUUUCAGAAGCAAUCUCCGUCCACACUACACGACUCAAAACGCAUGUCACAUGACCGUUCAUGCACAUUGGGCAUGCGCAUGGAAGUGUAAACAGUUGUCUCUUGUGCAUGUAGGCAGCUGCAGUUUUAAAAAAUGCGUUUGACUGCACAAAAUGGCUGCUAAAAAUGACAUCAAAGCCAGCAAAGAUUGCAGUUCAGUCUCCAUGUUAUUGUUUACACAGUCGUCAAGGAUACACAGAGCGAAAGUGGGCAGACACAAUGUUUUCAGAAGUCUCCGUUCUGGUCCGUUUAUACUGAAACGCAACCCCGGCGUUUUCAAACUAAAAUGGAGUCUGCAGCGUUUUCGAAAGUCUCCAUUUUCGAGGUUCAAAAACGCUGGUGUAGUGUAAACGACAGGUGUAACCGUAGCAAAACUUAUGCGUUUUAAAACGAAAACGCACUAGUGUUGUUAAGCUAAUGACGUAAUAGUCCAAUAAACAGUACACUCUAAGAAAAGCCUGCAAAAAUAGGGUCCAAUGUACUGUUAUUUGCAGAAAUACAGAAUAUAAAUAUUGCAGUAUUUAUUAUAAAUUAUUUAUCUGUGCACAUUAGUAAUUUUUUUUAAAUUCAUGUGUCCUUAUAUUCUUAAAUCAGAAUAACUUCCCAUCCCUCUUGCAGCAACACUUCUUCUCUGAUGAUGAGGGCGGGGCAACCUGUCACUCACAUGAGAUCCACCAAUAGCAAACCACAACCAUCCAAUCAAUUCCACAUGGACAAAAUCAAGCCCCGCCCUACAUUUUUUCUUGUUUGAGAAGCCAUUUUACUCUGAUCUUGUUUGAGAAGCCAUUUUAUUCUCAUAUGUACGUCACAAUUGGGAAGAAAAGACAAUCACAACUGCCGACUUUAAAGGAAAUGUCUGUAAACUUAACAGAAAACAUUCUGGCAGAAAAUUACCAGUACAUUUCGAUCUUUCUACAGAAACAGUGUAAAAUACAUAACACAAAAGUUUAGUAAAAUACUAUAUAAAUAUAUAGUAUUUUAAAUAGUAUAAGAGUACAGUGCUUUUAAUUGGAUUUGAAAUUAUUUUUUUCACAGAUAAACAUUUUCUAUGAUUGAAAUGGAGGAUGCUCAGGAUCAAUACAGCCUCUAGAGUACUGUAAAACAUAUUUUUGUCUUGUUUUUAAGCAUUAAAAACUAAUAACAUUUGAGGUUUAAGCUUUAAAAAAAACUAUUUGCCAAUGUAGUAUGAAAUAUAAACAAGAUAUCCAAGAGAACAAGUCCAAAUAUCUUACGCAAUUUUAUCCAAAGUAAAUUGAUCUUGCUUUAUGGAUGCGUCAAUAUUUUUACAGUCUUAAAAUGUUGCCUAUUUAGGUGCUCACUAGGUUUUUAGAACAGAGCCAGGGUGUAGUCUAUUCACUAUUAAAACAGAGUAAAUGCAUAAAGAAGAUUAUUAAUGUGUAAAUGUCAUUACCUGAGAUGUUUGCAGCUGGGAAAAGUCAGGGUGAUCGUUGUUGUUUUUUUUCUCUUUAUGGUGCUUCACCUCUAGAGUGAUUGCCAGAAGGAAGCUAAAAGUAGAACAAGACAUAUUUUAUGAGAAUUCUUAAUUAAAAUGCUAAUUAAUUUGGUGUCCAUUGGUCUGUUAUUGCUGCUUAUACGGACGCCAUAAUUAGACUAGGUUCAAGUUCAGCAAAGCUAUACCGUCGCAAAGUGAACCAAACAGACCCUUUCCUACCUGAAAGGCCAGUGUCCUCAUUAGCCUUGCUUUUGUGGUGUCAGGUGUGGAAAAUAAAGCCAAUAAAUUGCUCUAAUUUACUCUCUCUAGUGCACCUUUGUAUGAAACAACUUUUAUUGAUUUACUUUUAUUAGGUGCAUAUCGUCAAUUAACACCUCUUAAAAACUUAGGGAACUUAUUGCGUACAAAACUCAUCAUUCGCUUGUAAAUAAUAGAAUGCCGUGAGCAUAAUACUACUAAUAAUAUCAUAGACUGACUUGAGUCAACCAUGAAACGAGGGCACGGAUAAUUGGCCCAUACUCUGAUGUGGGCACCUGAAAUGUCAGGCUUCAAUUUUGCAUCAAUUCAAGAGAGAAAGUGUAUUUAGAGGGUCAGCGCAUAUGCAGGUAAAUCUGGCUCCUUUACUAGGCUGACAAGGAGAACAUCGGUGACACCUGAGCAGGAGACCUAAAAGGACAUCAAUAAUGAGAGGUGUGGGAGUGCAUCUCAGGGGACGACAUGGGCCCGGAGUCGUCUGCACAGAGGCUAAUAAGGGUUUAAAAGCCACAACUGUCCACAGCCCACGCCAGCCCACCAGCCGUCUUUCUUUUCCAAAGAGCUGCCUGAUGCUUUCUGACAGGCCUCAGCUGCAACCGCGGGGGACCAUGGCGGUCAGUGGUUAUGUCAGCAUCAAACAAUGCAGCCCGCGCCUAUUAGAGAGCCGAGGCGUUGAUUAGAACGCUCUCCCUCUGAAUAUCCUCUCAAUUCGACAAAGAAAGACGUCAUAUUUCGGCUUGACUUCUUCGUAUGAAUUUCAUCUGGCAUCUGGCAAACAACUUAUAAAUAACUCAAGGGCCAUCUUAAAUGCAUUCCCAUGAAAUUUUUAGUGACACUGUAAUGUAAGCCACUACCUGUCAUGAAUCGCAAAUAACCUCGGCCUCUUGCCGUGUUUACUCUGUUGUCCAUCAGCUCGCCGUCUUCCUCUUAUAUUCACCCAAGAAAGCAAUCUCUUCUGACUGGGGCGGCCUUCCCUUGUCCCCGUAUCCAGGCUGGCAAUAAUUUCGUUGUCAUUUGCUGUGCGGUGACCACAUCAUUGAUGUGACAGUGCCGGGCAUUAGGUAAAGUCCCCAGACUAGUGCUCACUUACAGAAGCUGCCUCGAUCUGUCAUUGACAGUGAUUAGAUUAGACCUGGCUGGCAAACACGUUCCUUAGCGACAGGACUUCUUGAUUUGUGUGGUCCUUAACCAACCUCUGAAAACUUUAAUAUGCAAUUUGUUUUAACAUUUAUGCAUUUUAUCCAAACGGACUUGGAUUGCAUUUAAGGUGUAGACUAGAGUUUAUCAGUUCAUGCAUUUCCUGGGAAACGAACCCAUGACCUUGGUGCAGCUCUACUGUUUCAGCUACAAAAAAUGCCUUAAUAUGAUUUUUUAGGUAAUAAUAUUUCAUCCAUGGCAUUGUUUUGAUUAAGGUCACAUCGGAUGCAUUGUGUUUCAAUCUGCUGUUUGGCUUCUUCAUCUAGGCAGUUGUUGGCAUUGCACGACUAAUGAAUGCCGUGAUGAAGAAUCUGCGAUCCGACCUCCAGAUUGAUGUCAUUUGUUCAAGCUGUUUUCGCAGGUGUUCCUUAGUGUCAGGACUUCUUGAUUUGUGUGGUCCUUAACCAACCACUGAAAACUUUAAUAUGCAAUUUUUUUUUAACAUUUAUGUAUUAGAGACACUUUUAUCCAAAUCGACUUAGAUUGCAUUUAAGGUGUACAGUUUAUCAGUUCAUGCAUUCCCUGGGAAUCGAACCCAUGACCUUGGUGCAGCUCUACUGUUUCAGCUACAGGAAUGCCUUAAUUUGUCAAAUGAUUUUUAGGUAAUAAUAUUUCGUCCAUGGCAUUGCUUUGAUUAAGGCUUCUUCAUCUAGGCAGUUGUUGGCAUUACUCAACUAAUGAAUGCCUGUGGUGAAGAAUCUGCGAUCCGACCUCCGGAUUGAUGUCAUUUAUACAAGCAGUUUUCGCAGGUGUUCUUUAGCGACUGGAUUUCUUGAAUUGUGCAGUUCUUAACCAACCUCUGAAAACUUUAAUAUGCAAUUUUUUUUUAAAAUGUAUGUAUUAGAGACACUUUUAUCCAAAUCGACUUAUAAUGCAUUUAAGGUUUACAGUUAGUUUAUCAGUUCAUGCAUUCCCUGGGAAUCGAACCCAUGUCCUUGGUGCAGCUCUACUGUUUCAGCUACAGAAAUGCCUUAAUUCGUCGAAUGAUUUUUAGGCAAUAAUAUUCCGUCCAUGGCAUUGUUUUGAUUAAGGUCAUAUCGGAUGCAUUGUGCUUCAAUCUGCUGUUUGACUUCUUCAUCUAGGCAGUUGUUGGCAUUGCACGACUAAUGAAUGCCGUGGUGAAGAAUCUGCAAUCCGACCUUCAGAUAUGUCAUACAAGCUGUUUUCGCAGGUGUUCCUUAGCGACUGGAUUUCUUGAAUUGUGCAGUCCUUAACCAACCUCUGAAAACUUUAAUAUGUGAUUUUUUUUAAAUUUAUGUAUUAGAGACACUUUUAUCCAAACUGACUUCGAUUGCAUUUAAGGUGUACAGUUUAUCAGUUCAUGCAUUCCCUGGGAAUCGAACCCAUGACCUUGGUGCAGCUCUACUGUUUCGGCUACAAAAAUGGCUUAAUUUGUUGAAUGAUUUUUAGGUAAUAAUAUUCCGUCCAUGGCAUUGUUUUGAUUAAGGUCACAUCAGACGCAUUGUGUUUCAAUCUGCUGUUUGGCUUCUUCAUCUAGGCAGUUGUUGGCAUUACUCAACUAGUGAAUGCCGUGGUGAAGAAUCUGCGAUCCGACCUCCAGAUUGAUGUCAUUAAUACAAGCUGUUUUCGCAGGUGUUCCUUAGAGGCUGGACUUCUUGAUUUGUGCAGUCCUUAACCAACCUCUUAAAACUUUAAUAUGUGAUUUUUUUUAACAUUUAUAUAUUUGAAACACUUUUAUCCAAAUCGACUUAGAUUGCAUUUAAGGUGUACAGUUUAUCAGUUCAUGCAUUCCCUGGGAACUGAACCCAUGACCUUGGUGCAGCUCUACUGUUUCAGCUACAAAAAAAAGCCUUCAUUUGUCAAAUGAUUUUCAGGUAAUAAUAUUCCGUCCAUGGCAUUGUCUUGAUUUAGGUCACAUCGGAUGCAUUGUGUUUCAGUCUGUUGUUUGGCUUGCACAUAUAGGCGGUUGUUGGUAUUGCAUAACUAAUGAAUGCCAUAGUGAAGAAUCUGCAAGAAUUUUGAUUUUUAGGUAAUAAUGUUUCGUCCUUGGCAUUGUCUUCAUUGUGUUUCAAUCUGAUGUUUGGCUUGUUGUUGGCAUUGCACGACUAAUAAAGAAUCAGUCUGACCUCCAGGUUGAUGUCAUCUACACAAGCUGUUUUCGCAGGUGAGGCUUUAUUAGAGGUUCUUUCAAUAUCAUCACCUUCAGGUCAUUCGUCAAGUCACCUUCAUUUGUAUAGUGCUUUAUAUGUCAAACAGUAAUAUAACAAUCUUCUGCUUCAAAUUCUGCUGUAAAGCAGCUCUAGUGUCAUUAUUCGGCUAAAGUCAGUUCAGCAUAUAAUUCAUAAUGGAAAAGCAUUUAGUGAAAUUUGUUAGAGACGCGUAUGUGCAACGCAAACACAGCAGCUGCUCGCGUGGGUCAGUGCAGUAUGUUUGUACCCACCUGAUGAUGGAAAAGCUCUCCAUCCAACACAAUGACCCCCUGAGGGAGCGGCUGGCCUUACCGUUCCUAAUCACGGUGGCCCCUCGGCGAUUGUGGCCACUGACUGCGCUAAUAAGUGCAAAGUACAGGGGGCUAAUACACAACAAAAGGAGAGCACAAAAAACAAGUAGGGGAGAAAAACAAACUCUUCGGGUAGGCGCAUGCACGGUUAAUUCAACAAUAAGGCCUCAGAGCAAAGCCUGUCGGUAGCCUAUUAAAGAGGAGGAGAAAGGGAGGAAAGGCAAAUAAUCCGGUAAUGAGGAUGAGAAGAUGGCCGCUCGCUCUGCUGGAAGGGUGCAGGCAAGCCCGUGCAUGCAUGUUUCAGGAGAAUAGAUUACUGGACUCCAUUGCCCUGUUAUAAUGACCCUUCUUGUUAGCCUUGGAGAUGGAAGCCUCUUCAUUAGGACUCACAACAACUCACCUCUGCCUGCAUCCCCUUUCCGGAAGACAGGAGCUGUUUUGCACCCCUAAACACACGUUAUCUUUGGCUUGCGAAUCAGUUGGGAGAUUAUGAGGUGCGCUGAGGUCUCACCUGUGUGGCUAAAUAUCGUAUGCAAGCUAAGUAGAUUUCCUCAAUAUUAGAGAUGAAGGGAGAUACUGCAAGGAUCUAGUUGUUGAAUUUAUCUCUUUAUGGUUUGGGUCCUCAGAGAUUUGUGUGUAAAAAUAAUUUUAAAUUUUAAAAUGAACCUCUUCAAAUUAUUUUAAUACGUUCCUCUGACUAACUCAAAACCCAUUUGACAGAUGUUAUUGAAGCUUAAACCCUCUGUAAUCAAGUAAUAAUGCACUUUUCAGAAAUGUGACUUCUUGCUCUCAAAUAUGUAUUUAAUAAAGGUUCCAAAAAAGGGUUUUUGAAGUGAUGCCAUAGAAGAACCAUUUUUGGUUCCCCAAAGAACCUUUUACUUAACAGUUCUUUAAAGAACCAGUGUGAAGAACAUUUUAUAAUCUUUUAUAAUCUUAUAAUCUAAAGAACCUUUUGUCCAAUGGAAAGGUUCCAGGUUGCUCAUCAAUGCCAAUAAAGAACCUUUAUAUAUAUAUAUAUUCUGUGUAUAUAUGUGAACCUGGACCAUAAAACCAGUCAUAAGUCGCACGGGUAUAUUUGUAGCAAUAGCCAACAAUACAUUGUAUGGGUCAAAAUUAUCGAUUUUUCUUUUAUGCCAAAAAUCACUAGGAUAUUAAGUAAAGAUCAUGUCCCAUGAAGAUAUUUUGUAAAUUUCCUACCAUAAAUAUAUCAAAAAAAAUUUUUGGAGUGGAUAUGCAUUGGUAAAGACUUCAUUUGGACAACUUCAAAUGCGAUUUUCUCAAUAUUUUGAUUUUUUUCAGAUUCCAGAUAUUCAAAUAGUUGUAUCUCGGCCAAAUAUUGUCCUAUCCUAUUGUCCUAACAAACCAUACAUCAAUGGAAAGCUUAUUUUUUCAGCUUUUAUAUGAAUCUCAAUUUCAAAAAAUUGACCCUUAUGACUGGUUUUGUAGUCCAGGGUCACAUGUGUGUGUGUGUGUGACAAAUCAGGACACAAAUUUGUAUAAUGACAUGGGUAUGACAGGUAUUACAAGGAGAAGGUGACUUAUGAGGACAUUACUCCAUGUCCCCAUUUUUCAAAAGGCUUAUAAAUCAUACAGAAUCAGAUUUUUUGAGAAAGUAAAAAUGUGCACAUUUUUCUGUGAUGGGUAGGUUUAGGGGUGGGUUAGUGUCGGGCGAUAGAAAAUACGGUUUGUACAGUAUACAAACCAUUACGCCUAAGGAAUGUCCCCACAAUUCACAAAAACAAACGUGUGUGUGUAUAAAACAUGUUUUAUGUAUGCAUAUGGUGGAAAAAAAUAUGCAUAUGAAAAAAAAUAUAUAAAUUAUAUAUAUAUACAGUCAAACCAAAAAUUAUUCAGACAUUUUUAUAUAUUUUUGAUAUAUUUUUACUAGUUGGUGCAGGACACUAUAGUUCAUUUAUGUAAGUGAGGAUAGCAAAAUAAAGUGAACUGUGACAUAUUAUACCCAAAAAUUCUUCAUACAGUGGACUACCAGUCAAACUGAGAAAAAUUUGGAACCAAAAAUUAUUCAGACACUUUGACCUGACCAUGUUUUGCUUAGGUGUUAUCUGACAUAAUUAAGCUAAUUUUUUCUGACACAGUUUUACUCUGAGAUCUUGUCAUAUUUUAUUACAAUUUUAUUACAUAUUUUAUUUAUUAGUUUUUAAACUAUAGUGAAUAAACUGUAAUAAUAAAUGAAAUGUUCAAGGUGUCUGAAUACAUUUUGGUUUGACUGUAUAUAUAUUAUCAUGUUUAAUGUUUCUAGACCCCUGAACAGAAGUAGUUGCAACAGCAGGGGAAAAAACUAAACAAAAAGAAAAAAAAAAAACAAUGCAAAUAAUAACAUGCAAGGAAUUGUGCAUAGUUAGAAUGGCAAAAUGAAUAGGCUUAUCACCUUUUCUAAGAGAGGAGAACAUUUUUCCCAUUUCUUUUGUUGUUUACGUCACCCAAUCAAACUGGUAUUUUGGCGCAAAUUCAUCUGUCACUAAUACUAAAACAAUAUUUGGCCCAGUGUUUAUUUCUAUGUGUUAUGCUGUUAAAUCACACUUGGGGUGUUAUGCAUUUACAAAAAUUGUCAAUUUUCCUAUUCAGUCUCUGUCAGAUUGUUGCAGAUUGUUGGGCUUGUGCAGUUCAAGGGCCAGAACAUGAAGGACUCAUCAAAGUCUUCUAAUCGCUCGUGGGGAGAGUCAGUUGUGCCAGAGAGACAGGUGAGAUGAACUGAUAAGAAGAACCUAUUUCAGGCUGGUGAGGGGGAGGACGAUGUGACUCCUAUAUCAGAUGACCGCUGGGAUGCUGACAUACGUGUUACUCUAGAAUAGGCACAAGUGAGGGGUGAUUAGGUAAAACUUUGAAAACUAACUGAAGCUAUAUGAUUUCUGAGAAAAAACAAAUGAACACCACUAGCCGUCGCGUUUUUGAAAUGCAUGCAAUGACUAAAAAAUGCAAUAAACAAUCGCAAAAUCAUUUCCCCUAUUACUUACUCUGCAAUGCAUUAUUUUCCCCUCCUCGAAUAUAGACGUUUUCUUUACACAUUUCUGUUAUAAAAACUGGAUAUUUGAGGAAACACACUCAGUUGGCUCAAAUCCAUCAAGCAGUCAGGACACCUCAAGACCAUCUCUCUCUCUAUCUUUCGCGGCCAAUAUGAGAAAUCCUCUUAAUGCAUGAAGUAUAUAUAUUAUGGGGGGGGAGAUGCAUUGCCAUUUAAUAUUAUCCAGAUUUGAGUUAAUUAUAAGAUGCGAAUUAGAGCUGUUAAUGCUUUGCUUUGGGAAAAAAAAAUAUUUUAUUUGUUAUUAUUAUAAUGACAAAUCCUUUCAAGAUAUAUCAUAAAAAUAAAUUGAUAAACACAAAGUAUUUUUUUUUUUCCAAAAUGUGGUUUGACUCAUGGCUGAUUUUAUUGUUUCGGGCAUGUUUUGAAGCGUUGAAUGCAUAACCUGAAGUAGUCCAUCCACAUCAAAUAUUUAUAUGCCUUGGGAGCAGUAAACAGAUCUUCAAGAGAAGCCAAUAUUUCACGCUAUAACGCAAACAUUUUAGGUAGGGCGCGAGGCGUGUCAUUUCAAGCGUUUUAAAUAAUGAAUAAUGAAGUUUUCGUGGACUUCUGCUGUAGCUGAAAUACCUCCAGCACACAAUGACCUCGAAUGGAAGACAAUAGGGUUUAUUUGCACUACUUAGUGGGCUACUGAAGAAUCACACGAGCCCCAAUUUUCACAGACUACAGUAUACAAACAUGGAUGACCAGCAGAAGUGAAUACACUGUGGCGUGUAAGCCUCCUUGAUUACACUAAUUAAGUUCUGUCUAAUUAAAUUACCGUCACGCGUUAACCAAUAGCAAAAGUUGAUUCAUUAACCAUGCAGACCGAGGACUGAAAAGCAAAGCCUUUCCUGAUUGCAGGCUAGUGUCAAUUGGCUAAUUUGCCGUCUUGCACAAAGUAGCUCGAACCGCAGGAAGGCGUUAGUUUUCUCUCGCGCUCGCGUUAAUUGCUAUUUGUCAUCGAGCGAUGCAGCUCGAGCGUUGCAUCUCGCCAGCUCUCGCGCGCUCCAAGAAAUGUAUGAUUGUGGGCAGUGGCUACCCAAACUCACAAGCAUCUGAGCUCGCCUUGCAGGACUACCCUAUUAUAUCUGUCGGCGACAACCUGGAGAGAAGUUCACCUCUGAAAAAAAACUCCGCUGGGAUGACGAAUCAGUCAGAGGCAGACAAUUUCGCCGACUCGAAGGACUCAUCAGGGGACGUCCAGCGAGGCAAACUCUCUCCUGAUCUUGACGGAGUCGCCGACAGUCGUCACACUUUCGAUGGAUCUGCAGGAGAAAGGUAUCUCCUGUCUCAGUCCAGUCAAGUUCAGCCGAGUCCCACCACCAUGUUUCCCUACCCGAGUCAGCAUGGACCGACGCACCCAGCUUUCUCCAUCGGCAGCCCGAGCCGCUACAUGGCUCACCAUCCGGUGAUCACGAACGGAGCCUACAACAGUCUGCUGAGCAACUCUUCUCCGCAAGGCUACCCGACCGCGGGCUACCCGUACGCGCAGCAAUAUGGACACGCGUACCAAGGCACGGCUUUCUACCAGUUUUCCUCCGCUCAGGCCGGGCUCGUGCCCGGUAAAGCGCAGGUUUACCUCUGCAACAGGGCCCUGUGGCUUAAAUUUCACAGACAUCAAACGGAGAUGAUUAUUACCAAGCAGGGACGACGUAUGUUCCCGUUUUUGAGUUUCAAUAUAUCUGGUCUUGACCCAACGGCGCAUUACAAUAUCUUUGUGGACGUGAUUCUCGCGGAUCCGAACCACUGGCGCUUCCAAGGAGGAAAAUGGGUCCCGUGCGGCAAAGCGGACACGAAUGUAACAGGAAACAGAGUGUACAUGCACCCGGAUUCGCCAAACACCGGUGCGCACUGGAUGCGUCAAGAGAUUUCCUUUGGAAAACUUAAACUAACCAACAAUAAAGGAGCAACUAACAACACAGGACAGAUGGUCGUCCUGCAAUCGCUGCAUAAAUACCAGCCUCGACUGCAUGUGGUGCAGGUGAACGAGGACGGAACCGAGGAUACGAGCCAACCCGGGCGCGUGCAGACCUUCACUUUCCCGGAGACGCAGUUUAUUGCCGUCACCGCAUAUCAAAACACUGAUAUCACGCAGCUAAAAAUCGACCACAAUCCAUUUGCAAAAGGAUUCCGUGACAAUUAUGACACUGUCUACACAGGGUGCGACAUCGAUCGGUUGACGCCGUCCCCGGGUGACUCUCCACGCUCUCAGAUCAUGCCUAGCGCAAGAUAUGCCAUGACUGGUUCUUUCCUGCAGGACCAAUUUGUCAGCUCGUAUGCCAAGUCCCGCUUUCACCCUGGCGUCGGAGGCGCUCCUGGCACGGACCGCAGCGUCCCACUUAGUAACAGCUUGCUCUCCCCGCAACAAACCGAGGAGACCACGGUGGCCUCCCCGCAGCGAUGGUUUGUCACCCCUGCCAACAAUCGACUGGACUUUGCCGCCUCGGCAUACGAUGCUGCCGCGGCUGCUGAUUUCGCCGGUAACGCGGCCACCCUUCUGUCGUACGCAGCUGCUGGAGUUAAAGCGCUGCCCCUGCCCGGGGCGGGAUGCUCCAACAGACCUCUGGGGUAUUACGGCGAGCCGCCGGGGUGGGGCACUCGCACGCCACCGCAAUAUUGCAGCAAGUCCAGCUCCGUCCUCUCGUGCUGGCCGUCCAACUCCGUAGGGAGCAGAACGACCUCCUCCAGUUACCUGGUCCCUGGCCUCGAGGACGGAGACGCCAUCGCGUCCGAGAGGUCACCGCUAGGCGGAGCGGAUGAGUCCAAACCCAAAGACCUGUCUGAAUCCAGCUGGAUAGAAACCCCGUCCUCAAUUAAGUCGAUCGAUUCGAGCGAUUCUGGGAUUUUUGAGCAAGCCAAGCGGAGGAGGAUUUCGCCAUCUGCCACGCCGGUUUCAGAGACAUCGUCUCCAUUAAAAUCUGAAAUGUUGACGCCGAGGGAAUGCGAGAAAAACUGCUCCAAGGACAUCGGCUACUACAGCUUUUACCCCCACAGUUAGAAACUCGGAACAACUAAUGCAUGGCUCAUGUGUUCAAGGAUUCACAAGUGACUUACAAUCUAUUUAUUCCUAUUUAUGUGCUUAUUUAUUUAUUUGUUUAUUUAUUCAUAUAUCCGGUCGCCUCGUUCGAAGGACGUCAAACGACAAACUUUUGACACGAAAGCUUGAGCAGAGAUAUGUAAGCGGUUUUCGUUUCUAAAUGACAUUUUAAGGUUCUGAACCUACUUGUAAGUAUGAAAGUACUGUACAUAACUGUAUUUAUCUAUCCAUUUGUGAUUUUUCUCGUUGAAUGUUGAUGUACAAUAUAGAAAACCGGAUUAGGUUUAUGUUUAAUGUACUUAGAACCGUACGUACGUUCGUUAAUUCGAAUAGCUACAUAUAUUAAAUAUUUUGAUGUUUGAAAAAAAGAGUACAACUCGUGUAGGUUCCCGGUUCCAGUCGUUAUUAUGACAGAAACGAUGGUCUGAGUGAAUUGGAAGUAGCUGCUUACCCGUUGAAGAGCCCGCCAAAAAGAGUUCCUCUGACAGCAAAAUGGCGGACGCAUGUCUGUCAGAGGUCGGUUUUUAUGUGAGCUUAUAUUGAUGUUGCUUUUUAGAGUCGCGUCGUCUGUUCGUAAAUAUCAUAGUCCGUAGUUUCAUUUUGUGAAUGUUGUUGUAAAGUUAUCAGAAAGUAGGCUAUGUUUUAACCGCACCAGCAUAAAUUCAUUAAUCCCAUUACUUUUUUCUUUCUUUCUUUCUUUUUAUUUUUUGUAGAGUUAAAAACAUAGACUAUCACUUCACGUAUUCCCACCAACCCAGACAUUUUCAUUUGUACUUCAUGGGCUGUUUUCUCAUGAGAAAAUACGCGAGUUAGGCCUGCUAAUGUGUAAAGGUAAUGUAAUUGUGGUGUGCUUAAUUGCAAUAAAUAUGACCGAAUGUGAAACCCGGGCGAAGUACACAAGAUUCCAACUAAGCUGAUUUCAAAACCAAAUAUUUCUGUUCUAUUUUUCUCUACCUGUCUUAGAGAGGAGGUAUAUCGAUAACGCCAGACACAAUGUGAAUUUUGUUGCCUGUACGAUGCAUUUUCAUAAUAAAAUGUAGUCAUGCAAUGCAACAAAUAAGCAAAUCGCCCAGAACAACCUUUUUGGUAGUUUUCUAUUGGUUACUCGUUUAAUUCGACUAUCUUUUUAGAUGGAGAAAAUGCUGUUGGCUACUAUUUACAGUAGCCCCAAAGGUAAACACACAGGACACUUAAUGUGUCAGUGUCAUUGCAUUUAACAAACUAGGCAUGCACAACGAAAAAUAGCACCAAAAAAUGUUUUCAGAUGAUAAAAUAAGAAAUUCAAAGUUAAAACGGUAGUAUUUGGAUACUUUUGUCAGAUUAGAAAUAAGUGGUGCGCUGCCAUGCAUGGUGAACUACACCUCUCUAGGAUAUCAGGGCCAGAAAUUAACCAGUUCUCAUGAAGAAAGAAAAAUAAAUGCCAUGGAUUCUUUUUUUAAAAUGGGGAGGUGUAAAUAUAUUUUAUUCUAGGCUUUUCAGUUAACUGAUUCAUUUGAAGUAGUGGACUUAAAUGGACACUUAAAUGUAUAAACUGCCUCUGAAAAUUAAUGUUGACAUCCAUGAUCAACCUUGGCACCACUUGUAUAAAAUUCAUUGCAAAAAGGCUGAUGUUGACAGAAUUAUGAUAUUUUAUAUUAUGCAAUUUACAUUCAGAUGUUAAGUGUGACUUGCAUCCAAAUAGCUACCUUUUGGGGCCACGGUAGCCUAUGUUGGACACAAUCUAAGAUAUGACAAAAAUAACAUAUAAUAAUAGUCUUAUAUCACACAAAUCUUAAAUCUAUUUCAGCUCAUUUAUGUCCAUAUAAAUAUGCAUAUCCGUGAAUGUAAAUAAGCACUUGACUAUUGCCAAAAGCAGACUUUGUACACUCUUCUGGGACAGAACAAAUACAUUUGAGACCAUUUUACAAUUUCCACCAAGAUUUCAUAAGCUGUCCAGAGUUUUGAACGGAUAUAUAAAAUAUGUUAUAAAACGACACCAUUGGCUGGUAUACUGCACAUUUGUUUACAUGUGAAUAAAUCAUCAACUGAUUAGUGGCGUAUUCAAGACUUAAACUGAAUGGUCCAGAAAAGGGAGACAUCCAAAAUGUGUAGGUAUAUCUCCUUUAUUUAAUACACUUGAUUCAAAUAAUCAGCUCGAUUGUUGUCAGAAACAAGGGAGUGAUGCAAAAUGUGCAGUAUUGUGCGCUAAUCCUUACAAAUCAAUUCAGAAUAGCAUA